UCCCGGACCUACCUGAGGGCACAGCCUGGGGCGGGGAGUCGGUCCUGCUACAAAGGCUCCUCCCCACAGCAGUGUUCCCGUUGCGCAGACACUUGGGUUCCCCCAGGCUGGGCUCGGGCAGGGCAGGAAGGGGCACCUGUUCCACCGGGACUCUGCUUCCAGCUGCUUCCAGCCGUCCUGUCUGAUCGCCGCCCGCCAUGGCCCUCUGCUUGGCAUUCACGAUGCUGCUGCUGCUUCUGGCAGGGUCGCCGAGUUCCGCCAGACGGAACCGAUGCCUGGAUGCGGCGGAGGCGUGCACAGCUGAUGCGCGGUGUCAGCGGCUGCGCACCGAGCCCCGCCUCCUGGCCUUCCAGGCCUCGUGCGCUCCGGCCCCCAGCGCCCCAGGUGGCUGCCUGCAGGACCAGGUGCCGCGCUGCCUGCACGCCUAUGCGGGCCUCGUGGGCACCGCCAUCACCCCCAACUACGUGGACAACGCGAGCGCGCGCGUGGCGCCCUGGUGCGACUGUGGAGCCAGCGGAAAUCGGCGUGAGGAGUGCGAAGCCUUCCGGGGGCUCUUCACCAGAAACCGCUGCUUGGAUGGCGCCAUGCAGGCCUUUGACGGUGGAUGGCCUCCAGUCCUGCAGGACCAGCUAGAUGUCCACCAGGACCCUGAGCACAGCCUCCAGCAAGGCUCCCGCACUCCACACCAGAGUGCUGAAGUGCACUGUUCUGACCCUGCCCCACGCACAGGAGCUGCACUCACAGACCAGGCUUUAUGGAUGGAAAGAACAUCAAAAACUCAAAACGAAGGACAACAUUGUGGCAGCCUGUCAGCAUACCUGAGAUUUAGCAGUUGGGAAAAUCUGAACAUUAGGGACCCUGUGAGAGAACAAGAGGGUGAGAGACCGAGGACAGCUGGGUGGCUCUGGCCUCAGCAUGGGCUGUGCUCUGGCACAUGGGGCUGUGCCAGCCCUGGACCUGCCCCAUACCAGGGCAGAGCUGCGCCACCCACCAUGCUCCCUCCCCAGCCCUGUUGUUUCAAGGGCAACACACGCUACAGUGGGGACGCUGGGAGUCUGAUCACAAGCUGUGUGAGGCUCUCUGUACCCUCUUCACCCCAACAGGUGUCUGAGGUGCUGGACUGACACCUCUACCUUCACUGAAUGCCAAGUGCUUCCUCUGAGACAGUCUGAAAACUAGCAACCACUUUAAACAUUUUUUUCCCUUUUCUUAAGGUUCUAAUGACCAAACUGUAAAAAUAAAUGAAAUGAAACAAAAUCAAAAUUAAACACUCAGAGCAAAAACCACAUUUUUACCAGAUCUACUUUUAUUUCAGAAGGAAGUUUGUAUUAUAGUAUUUACUUCUGUUUAUAUACAAGUUCUUCACAUUUGUGUUUAAAAUGCACAGACCUCCCUUAAUUCUCUUGUUCCUGCUUAAAUUAGCCGUUAUUUUACAAUACAAAAAAUACCAAAAAAUUGCAGUCCUAAAUGUAUGUAUAACACCCACAGUCCCCAGCAAUGAAAUAGUUUACAAUACUUACUCCAUAUUUACAUGAGUGCAAUAGAUGCUAAAUUAUACAUAUUAACAAACUAAGCUUGAAUCCAAACCCAAAGACAAAAAAACCCCAAAAAACCCAAAACAAAACCAAAAACCGUAAAUACCUAUAAAACAAAAACAUUUCCAGAGCCAGAAUUAGUUCAACAAAACAGGCUUCACUAGUGUUUAGAAUGUUUUGUGCACAAAUUUGUUACUGAAAGUCGAUUCCAUUAUUGCCUUUGAAAGCGAAGGCGCCAGUUUUCCUGUCCACGCCAAACCAUCUCCCUGUAGGUGAGGGUGCUCAGGAGUUUGAACGAUUCCGGGGAAAUGUGUCUUGGCGGGCCUGCCAUCACGGUGACUUUCCUGGUUUGGUAAACUGGGAAACAUUUCAGACUGAGAGCUGGUGCGCGGCCUGAGGACAGACCCCUGCCUUCCUGGGUCUGUCCUCCAGGUGGCCAAUUCUCACAAAAACCGCCACGAGGAGAGGUCUCCCGGGUUGAGGGGCUUGAGCUGGGUUUUGCUGUAAUUCCACAAAGCUUCUUUUCCUAUUGGCCACUGCCCUAGUGUUAGCUUAGGUUGUUAGUAAGUGCUUAGUGAAUAUUUGUUGAAUGGGUGGAUGGAUGCUUGAAACUAAAGGAUCAAAGGUGUUCUUAGAAAUGACACCAGCACCCAAGGAAGUGAGUCUCUACCCUCACCCCAGAUACACUCCGUUGAGUUGACAGAGAUGCACUGAAAAGGUAAAAUGUCUUUUUUCUACCGAUAGUGCUCUGGUCUUCUCAUCCGUCUGCCCCAGACUUCCUGGUAUGUCUGCAAUAUUGCACUUUGGGCCUCACCCACACAAAUUCUGGUAUUUUCCUGUUGCUGACAGUCUUCUGUCCGGGGCUGCUCUUCCUCUGGGUUAGCUCACAUCUCCUCCCACCUUUAAGAGGUGAUUUCACAGGAAGUGCAGACUUCUCCCCAAACUGUGUGUGAGGAGGAGUAGGGAGUGGACAGGAGGCCAGGUUGUGUGCAGUCCUCCAGAAGGAAACAGGAGCUAUUUAUCAAUGACCUCGCCACCCUACUCCCAACCCCCAAGUGUUCAGUAUAGGAAGCCACGGUUCUGGGAAAUGGUCAUUAAAAUUUUAGACCAAACAGAUGCAGCCUGGAAAACCCCUUUUUAGAAAAUCUGACAGUGUCUUUGAACUUAGAGAUCGAGAGAAACAGUUCUCAGGACCAGAUGCGUCAUCGCUGGCCAGGCGCAGCACCAAGAGGCUAAUAGAAAGAUUCAAGGUGCACUUGCAGAGCCAACAACAGUGACAGGGACCUUCCCACUGCCCUUGUGUCUCCUCACACAGUGCUGCUUAAGCAGGUGCAAUGCCCGAUUUCUCCUCUGUGUCCUGACAAUUUCUGUUUUGGAGUCAUCCAAUUAGUACCAGAUGCAUGUGGACACACUGGCAUGGGGUCGGGGAGGUGCCUUUUUUGCCUUUGUUAUCGGUGUAUCAGGGCCCAAAGAGAGGACUUCUUCAAACGUGGAUAUCCAUUAUGUGGCACAAAAACAUACUAGGUAAAACUCAGACACCGUUACAUUUAAUAAAAAUACAUUAACAUA